AUGAAUCAAGAUUACGCACAGCUUUCUAUUCCGGAACUGAAGGAGACAAAAACCUCAAAGCUGAAUAAAAUUAACAACUUUCGAAGCUCUCCGAUUGCUAAAAUAGUUAAUAAGAUACCAACUGACUACGGUAAAAUGCAUAAUACAACAAUUCCUGAGUUUAAUCCAGUGUUGAGAAAACGACAACAUGAACAGUGGCCUGUAUACGAAAGACCAGGACGAGUCCCUGAUAGUAUGUCUCCACAGCUUUCUUCCAUUAAUUAUUUGCCAAGUUUGUAUCCCCAGGGUACACUUCCGGUACCAAACCCUUAUUUAUCAUACUUUAGUCGCCUUGAGAAAGUCAACUAUCAAGACGUCAAAUUCAGUAACUGGAGUAUUUUGCAUAACUCAAAUAAUGGAUUUGACAUUCCAACAUAUUUCAGUCCACGCACAACCCAGAAUAUGCCAUGUUCCGAAAAAGUUGAGAACUGGCUCGAAAGAUUACCAAUUUUUGUGGGGUUUGAUGGCUAUUUAUUUACAAACUGUUUUGAUUAUGAAUACAAGUUAGAUUGGGAAGAAACCGAAUUCACAUUCGAAAAAACAUCCUGUAUGGAGACCGAUUAUUCUAAAGCAUUAACUGAUACUGAAAUUAUAUAUAUUCAAGAGAAAAAAAUAGAAGCUUUAAUAAGAAACCAAUACUUGAAGGAAUAUGAAUUUUCUCAAAAAGAUUUUGAAUUUUGA